ACUUUGAGUCUUCUGUGGUGGAGGAGAUGAGAAAACAACAAUCAUGGCGUCGAUAGCUCGCUGUCUGCUCAGAACAGGACAGACUACCGCAAAAGUUGUAAGCAGAGAAUACCUCAACAAUGCUAGGUCCUUGUCCAGUUUGGCAGAUCUCCCAGACACACACAGAAUGCUGCAGAAAAGUUGCAGGGACUUUGUUGAUAAUGAGCUGAUGCCAAUUGCUGCAAAGUUAGAUAAGGAGCACUUAUAUCCAAAAGACGUGAUAAAGAAGAUGGGAGAGCUGGGAUUGAUGGCGAUUGAUGUUCCCCAUGAGGAGGGAGGGACAGGACUGGACUAUCUAGCCUAUGCCAUUGCGAUGGAGGAAAUCAGCCGAGGCUGUGCAUCUACAGGGUGUAUCAUGAGUGUCAAUAAUUCACUUUACCUUGGGCCAAUAAAUAAAUGGGCCACAGCCGCACAAAAAGAAGUUUUUCAGGAACCUUUUUUACAUGGAGACAGAGUUGGGUGUUUUGGCCUCAGUGAACCAGGUAAUGGCAGUGAUGCUGGGGCAGCUUCUACUACGGCUCGUCUGGAUGGAGACUCCUGGGUGUUAAAUGGAACGAAGGCUUGGAUUACUAAUGGAUACGAGGCAGAAGCAGCCGUGGUCUUUGCAACCACAGAUAAAAAUAAGAAACACAAGGGAAUCAGUGCCUUCCUAGUGCCUAAGCCCAUCCCUGGACUUUCUCUUGGUAAAAAGGAGGAUAAACUAGGGAUUAAAGCUACCUCCACAUGUUACCUCAUCUUUGAAGAUUGCAGGAUUCCACGGGAAAAUUUACUGGGGGAAGCAGGAUUUGGGUUCAAAAUUGCCAUGCAAACUCUGGAUGCUGGUAGAAUUGGUAUUGCAAGCCAAGGCUUGGGGAUAGCCCAGGCUGCUUUUGAAUGUGCCAUAGAUUAUGCUCAGAAGAGGAUGGCUUUUGGAAACCCCAUUUCAAAGAUGCAGACUAUUCAGUCCAAGCUAGCAGACAUGGCUCUGCAGAUAGAGAGUUCCAGGCUCCUAACAUACAAGGCAGCACUUCUGAAAGAUGCUGGAAAACCUUUCUCUAAAGAAGCAGCUAUGGCCAAACUAGCAGCUUCAGAGGCUGCAACAUUCUGUAGUCAUCAGGCCAUCCAGAUUUUGGGAGGUAUGGGUUAUGUGACAGACAUGCCUGCUGAGAGACAUUACCGAGAUGCCAGGAUCACAGAAAUUUACGAGGGAACAAGUGAGAUUCAGAGACUAGUGAUAGCAGGAAGUCUACUUAAGGAGUACCAAUCUAGUUAACAUAACAGGAAAAGUAGAGUCUGUGACCUUGACAAUGCAAAAGGGCUGAAUUGUGAUAUGCUGUACAAACACAUCUCUCUUAUCAACAAAAUAUGACUAUAACACAUUACACAAUAAUCUUGUAUUACAGAAAAAUAAAGGAAUAAUGUCUUUCAA